UUGCUUUGUGUACAGUUUGAAAGUUGCAUUUGCCUUGGUACCUGGUGCACUGGGUUGGUGUCACGCAACACUCCAUGGUAGGAGUACUGUUCACGGCAGGACAUAUUGCUGUUAUCAGCUUUUGUGAUAAAGAAGUAACAGCUGAGUGAAGAUCAUGGGGAACUGCUCCUCCGCAGAUCGGAGGGGUUCUUUUAUGCGGAAACGAGGCCAUAGCUUUAAGACUAGGGAUGAGGACACAUGUGCAUAUGGAACCCACAGUAGCCUGGACAAGGAUGAGGAAGAGGAGAGAGAGAAGUUGAUGAGGACAGAGGACCAGGCAGCCGAUAAGGGUGUUGUCCCAUCAGACAGCGGGAUUGAGAGUCUGGGACCUUCUACAGAUGAAAGUCAAGAUGACACAUGCAAGAAGUGCAACCACCGGUAUCAGAAGCAGAGUCAGACAUCAUGCCAACACUGUGGGCAAACCCAGCUGAAAUGUUCGCCAAGUAAAUCGGAACCAGAUACCUAUUGUUCUUGUGGACCAAGAAACGCCCUAUUACACACGUGGCAGAAGAACCUUAUAUGCAAGACACAUCCCCAUAGCCCUAAAUUUUACCGUCAUUCCGAUGUCAUCGAAGUAAAACCUAGUUCAAAAAGGGGAAGGAGAAGGAUACCAGAAAGAAGGUCCCAGUUCUCAUGCAAAUCCUCUGACAGUUUAGACUAUGCUGGUGCAAUGAUGACCAGCAUGGACAAUGCCCAGAGCGUUGUGUCCGAAAUAUUUGGUGAUGAUGUGAGCUUGAGGGCACCGCUUGCGGCAUUUGAUUCAGUUGAUUGUCAGCUUGAUUCAGAGGAUGCAUCCCGCAGAGAGAGGACACUCAGUCAGAUUGAAGAUUUGACCAUUCGCAUAUGUCAGUGUGGAGUACAUUCGAACAGACCAAGUGAAACUGGACAGACUGAUAAGGACAACCAGGACAAUAAUGAUCAACAUUCACGGAUCUCACCCGAACGAAGUGAAAGUUGCAUAAAUGGAUUUACCGAGGAUGUUUUGAGGAGUUCAUUUUCCAAGAAAGAUAUGGCUAGACCUUUGUUUCUGAGUAGAGAUGCACAGAAGAAUGGAGACAUUUCUAGAAGUCAAGUUUAUGCGCGCAAUGGCAAGGAAGAAUUGUCAGCAUCUCUCACAACAGUUUCUUUGAAGGAUAGGAUCUCAAGACCUAAUUCUUUCAGGCACAGCAUGAGUGAGUCUGAGGACAGCUUUGUGUUGUCGGGUGUGACGCUGCCCCAGGACGUAACCGUCUCCAUGGUGAACGGCCAGGAGAUGGUGAUGAUGAACAUGUCGGCCUACUGUCAGCUCCUGGACGAACUCCAUCUGCUCAAGUCUCAGCUGGCCAGGCUGUCCUCUGUACUUCAGGACAAUGACGAUAACCUUUCGGAUGAAGUAGAUUGACAUGUACAGCACCCUUCAUUAGGCUAUACAGCAUUGUUCAGGUCUUGCAUCUGCUGUGAACUGGGAUAACAAGAGUAUUGCCCAUGAACAACUACCACUUGAAUGAAAUUACAACAAGGAAGUUUUCCUCCAUCAUCAUGGGAGACAGCACAAAAUGACCUGAACGUCUUGUACAUAGUUUUGAAUUCUGACCGUCUGCUAUCUCUGUCAGAAUCUCAACUUGUGCAAGUUUUAUUGAGUUGUACCACUACUUCUCUCUGCUUUGUAAAUGUCCGGGGUUCACAGUAAAGUGUAUACAGUAAAACAUGGUUGGAAUGAAUUCCAAAGGACUGGUGAAAUUGGAUUGGUGUAGACCUUGUUCACUUCUUGUGGAACCACGUCUGCCAUUUUGAUUUCACCAGCCAUUCUUAUCAUUCAAAGUUGAUAAUCUGAAAAGUUUGAUAGAUUAUAUAUUUCUGGUUAUAUUGAAAAAACUGUAAAUAACUUUAGAGUACGGUAACGGGAAAAUUAGUUGUACAUUGUUUCCCUCAUGGUGACUGACACUGUUGACCAGUAUGAUUCCCACAUCAGUGAAACAUUAUUCUAAUCGGAAAAAUCAGCUUGCUGUAAAUUCAUCAUGAGACUUCCUUAAAUGAUAAUGUAUCUGUCAGACUUUUGAAAUAGUUCAUCAUGACUGUUAGUACACUUCCGUGUUUGAGAUAACCAUCUUCUACUGUAUGUGCACUGUGACAGAACACUUUCAUUUUGAUUGUUUCAUGAAGAUCUUGACCAAUCCAAAUGUUGUUCUCAAGUGUUUCCCCUCUAAACACAAAGCAUCGUGAGUUAUGUGAAAAUUGUGCAGCUCAAUCCUUAACAGACCAUGUUUAACAUAUCCAGAGACCAAUGUGAAAGUGCUUAUUAUAUUAACCUAGGAUACGGUUGUGAGUGUAACUUCAAUACUAGAAAGGCAUGGUUAUAACUACGUUGUUCUCUCUUUGUAGUGACAUGUAAACUUUCAUCCUAGUUAUUUCAUUGCUUGGCUGAGGGUAUUGAAGAUAUUGCAGUUUACUAUUGUAUAGGUACUAGUGUUUGAAGAACUAAGUUCAUUUCAAAAGUCCAUUAUAACUUUUCUCAGUGAUAUGAGGUACAAACUACAGUCAUGUGCUCUUAUGG